AUGAUUGUACCACUCAGGCCGCACUACAAUGUGAAUCUGAAGUCAAUUGAUGUUGGUGGUACUGCUCUACAGCUUCCAUCACAUAUUUUUGAAACGGGUGACAAAAAAGGUACCAUCGUUGAUAGCGGUACAACCUUGACAUAUCUUCCGGAGCUGGUUUACAAGGAAGUAAUGGCUAAGAUUUUUGCCAAGCAUCAGGAUAUGACCUUCCGCAGUAUUCAAGAUUUUCUGUGUUUUCAGUAUCAUGAAAGUGUAGAUGAUGGAUUUCCAAAAAUCAUCUUCCGUUUUGAGAAUGAUCUUGGAUUGAAUGUUUAUCCACAUGAUUACUUUUUCCAAAAUGGGGAUAACCUGUAUUGUGUUGGGUUCCAAAAUGGUGGAUUGCAAUCAAAGGAUGGAAAGGAUAUGGUGCUUCUAGGAGAUCUGGUCCUUUCAAAUAAGGUGGUUGUCUAUGACUUGGAAAACCAAGUUGUUGGAUGGGCCGAUUACAACUGCUCCUCUAGCAUGAAAGUUAAGGAUGACAAGACAGGGGCAGCAUACACAGUUGAUGCGCACGAUAUAUCCUCGGGAUGGAGACAUCAGUGGCAAAAGUUCCUGGUUCUGUUAGUAACAAUGGUGUGCAGUUACUUAAUUUUCUAA